GCAGAGAUCGAGAUUCACAAUAUUGACGUUAAACCUCUGCCUCCUCUAUACAAAGAGGUACAGUUUUAAAUGUCAAAAUGGCAUGGAUAUAUGAAGAUUUAAUUUAAUUGAGAUGAAGAAAAAUAAUUAAAGCUUUGUGGCUAAGUAUUUUACAAGUAUAUAUGAUUUUUACCUCAUUAAAGUAGCCUUAAAAAUAUCGCCAAUUUGUUAAUUUUCAGUUUUUAUGUCAAAAUGAGUCCAUCUCUUUUAAUUCAAGAUUUACUAAUAUCUUGAGAUUUUUGCUCAAUUUUACGAUAGCUUAUAGACAGAUAAAGAGUUUGAGUGUAUGCAAACGCAUGAUUUCUCUCAUCAAAUCAUAGCUCAAAUAUGGAGCCUCCAAUUCUGAAUCUGCCAGAUGAGGUAACUUUUAUGAUGCAAGCUGGCUUAGCCAGAGAUUCCAUCACUGUUGAUGUUGGUGACCUGAAUUUGAAAAGUCUUAAAGAUCUUGCAUGUAAUUUUGUUGAUAAAAAGUUUCCUGAUCAUAAUUUAAAUCGAUUAACAGAAAGGUUGAUUCUUUUUCGGCAUGACUAUAAUACUACAAACAUUUUACAUCCUAUCAAUGUUGCAUCUGAAGUUUCUGAAGGCACUUUAGUAGAAAUUGUUGUUUCAGGUAAAGAUCCAUCUGAAGAUAUUCAGAUUAUGCCACAUGCUCUCACUGUUCAUUCUUAUAAAACUCCCACAUUCUGCGAUUUUUGUGGUGAAAUGCUAUUUGGGCUUGUUAGACAAGGCUUAAAAUGUGAAGGCUGUGGAUUAAAUUUUCAUAAACGCUGUGCCUACAAGAUACCCAAUAAUUGUACCCACACACGACGAAGACGUUCAGCUACAUCGCUUUACCCACGAAGUCCUACAGAAUCAUUAGGACAUACUACGAGCAGUGCAGCUAGUUUUGAUGACACAAUGUUAGGAGGAUCAUCCCCUAGUCGUGCUCGAUCUCCUUCAUUAAACAUGGGUCGACCUGUCUGGGUUGAAAGAGAACUUGCUGGUCGUAUCCGAGUCCCUCAUACUUUUGUAGUUCAUUCCUAUACAAGACCCACUGUCUGUCAGCAUUGUAAAAAGCUACUCAAAGGCCUCAUCAGACAAGGACUGCAAUGCAAAGAUUGUAAAUUCAAUGUGCAUAAAAAAUGCAUGGAAAAGGUACCAAUGGACUGUGCGGGAGAAGCACCAAAGGAAUGGGCUACGGAAGCAGGUCGUAAUGGAGAUGGCGAACCAGAAGGUGAAAGAGAAAGCAUUGAAGAUGAAUCAGACAAUGAAAGUGAACAAACAGAAAAAGUUAAUGAAAAUCAAGAUAGUCAAGAAAAUCAGGAUAGCCAAGAUAAUCCUGAUGAAGAUUCCAAGAUUCCUGCAAAUGUUACCUCAAGCAACAAUAUCCCUUUAAUGAGGAUUGUUCAAAGUAUAAAACAAAUGAGAAGAAAAGGUUCCAAAAUAUUAAAAGAGGGUUGGAUGGUACAUUUCACCAGCAAAGACAACAUGAAUCGGAAACUCUUCAGGUUUUCUUCUGAAUAUUUUCCAGUCAAGAAAAAACGACAUUAUUGGAGACUAGAUACAAAAUCAAUAAUUUUAUUCCAAAAUGAAACCACAACUAAAUAUUAUAAGGAAAUUCCAUUGUCUGAGAUCCUGUCUGUUGAACCUACCAAACAACAAGUGAGUAAGGAAUCAGGUCAGACAUACUGCUUUGAGCUUCGAACUGCUAAUGUAGAUUACUACAUUGGAGAAGACCCUGAUAUAUCAAGGGGCUGGGAAGUUGCAAUUCGUCAAGCCUUAAUGCCUGUUACUGCUCCUACUACAAUAACUCUCAUAAAAGAUGCUGGAGCCCCUCAACAUGAUGAUAAUAUUGAAAAAUCGGAAAACAUAGAGCAAAAUAUUGAUAUUAGCCUUCAGUAUCAAAUUUUUCCGGAGGAGGUUUUGGGUUCUGGUCAGUUUGGAGUAGUUUAUGGUGGUGUUCAUCGAACAAGUGGGCGAGCUGUAGCAAUCAAAGUAAUUGAAAAAGUUCGUUUCCCAACCAAACAAGAAGCUCAACUCAAAAAUGAAGUGUCUAUAUUACAAAAUAUUCAUCAUCCUGGUGUUGUAAAUUUAGAAAAAAUGUUUGAAACUCCUGAAAGAAUUUUUGUAGUCAUGGAAAAAUUAAAAGGUGAUAUGUUAGAAAUGAUACUUUCAAGUGAAAUGAGAAGACUUUCUGAAAGAAUUACUAAAUUUCUUGUAUUCCAGAUAUUAUCAGCUCUUCGUCAUCUCCACUUUAAAAAUGUUGUCCACUGUGAUUUGAAACCUGAAAAUGUGCUCUUAUCAUCAGAUUCAGAUUUUCCCCAGGUAAAAUUAUGUGAUUUUGGUUUUGCUCGAAUCAUUGGAGAAAAAUCAUUUCGAAGAUCAGUUGUAGGAACACCAGCAUACUUAGCACCUGAAGUUCUUCGCAAUAAAGGAUAUAACAGAUCUUUAGACAUGUGGUCUGUAGGUGUAAUAAUUUAUGUAAGUUUAAGUGGAACCUUUCCAUUCAAUGAAGAUGAAGACAUCAAUGAUCAAAUACAAAAUGCUGCUUUCAUGUAUCCACCAACUCCAUGGAAAGAAAUUUCUCCUGAAGCUAUUGAUUUAAUCAAUAAUCUUCUUCAAGUGAAAACAAGGAAGCGAUUUACAGUUGAUAAGUCAUUGUCUCAUACAUGGCUACAAGAUUACCAAACAUGGUGUGAUCUUCGAGAACUGGAGAGUCAAGUAGGCUGGCGGUACUUGACUCAUGAGUCAGAUGAUGCACGCUGGGAAGCAUAUCGUCGUGAACACAACCUUCCGCCACCACCUCCUGUGCCACAGGAGAGAAUGACUGAUCGCAUUCCACGGGCUCCCUCCAAGCUCAUGCCGUGCCCAGAGGCCAAAAAGGAGGAAGAGUCAAACAAUAAUGUUUUUGCAAGGAUACGCCUCUGAACUGAAAGAUUGAAUUUAUGCCUUUUUGCAUUGCUUUCUUGAUGCUCAUAGAUUGUUCGUGAAAUUGCCUUUACAAUGAAAGGGCAGUAAAAAUUUGAUGACUGAGCAUGCCACUUAAGUAUUUAUAUAUGAAGCUAAAAUUCAAAAUUUAUUUUUGUCUUGAAAUAGUUUAUAUCCUAUAUAUUUGGGAAUUUCAAUUUUCAUUUGGUGAAAAUCUUGUAGUUUAUUCUUUCUAUUCUAAUUGUGACUCGAUAUUAAUUUCCUAAAUCGUUAAAAUUUUGCCAUGCAUUUACCACUAAUUGGGAAAAUGCUUUAAAUUAAAUAAAAUUUUUUCAUAUUGUUUGUAUCAGUAAUCGAGCUUCUGAAAAAAAAUUAAUUUGAAUUUUUAUUUGAUCAUUCCCUUUCUAUUGGCUAUAUUUAGUGAAAUAUUCUUGACACACUAGCAUUUUAAACAAAAGAAAGUUCUGCUUUCCUGCAAAUAAAAUUGAGCAGGAUUUUGUUAUUUUAAAUAACCUCUUGGAUAUGUUGAUUGGUGAAUCUUCCUUUCAAUUCCUAUUUAAUCUUCUGAAAAUGCCUCAUAACUUGAUCAAUUUUGGUUUCAGAAGAGUGGAACUUAUUUAUUUAUGGUGUGGUAGCAUAAAGAAUAUUGUUUUAAAUGUGAAUAAUAGAACCAAUGGAUUGCAUGAAAAUUUUGUCAUCAAUAUUUUUCAACAAUGCAUUUAUUGAUUUAAAUUGCAUAAAAUAUAAUCCUUUACAUCAUUAGAAAUUUUUUUAAAUUGGAAAUAUAUGCCUUUCUCUGCAAGUUAAGAAAUUUGUUAUUAGAUCACGAUUAGAAUAGACAUCCUGCAUUAAUAUAUAUAUAUAUACAUAUAUAUGCUAAUAUUUUGAAUCCAUUUUGUUUUUAUUUAAAUUUUUAAAGAUUUUUUUAAAAAAUAUGUUGAGGUUAUAUUUUGAAACAUGUGCAUGUUCUGCCUUUCAAUACUUACUGCCCAAAUCCAUUUGUGUGCAACAAAAGGAGUGUCGUAUUUUAAGGGACAUUUUGUACAUAUUGUGGCAACCGGUUUUGCCUUGUAAUUGGUAAUUGUUUCUGAUAUUUUUCAUUUGUGAUCUAUUUCAUUCCCCCCCACAAGUGUUAUUGUGUUCAUUCAUAUGCUGCUGAACAUUCCAGAUUUUAAAAUGUUAAUCAGAUUAUUCUAUUUAUUUUAUGUUGAUGGUGAAAUAGUUUUUCUGUGUGUAUGUGUGUGUUUAUGUACAUAUAUGUAAACUUCCAGAAACAUAUGGACAUCGAAAAAGCCUGCUACCAGAUGUUUAUUUAAUUUGUGUUUAUAUUUUUUGUGCAUAUUUAUACUCGGAGUGGAUUUACAAAGUUCUUAAAGAAUUUUAUUUUGUUUGAUAAUCUUAUUUAUUAUCAGAUGUUUACUUUAUGCUUUUAAGGAAACAGAGGGCAACUUCAGAUGUGAUAAAAAUAUAGAUGGAAUUUUCAUUCUGUUUUAUCAUUCCUGAUAGUCAGUUAGUCAGCAUUUAUUCUUUCUUGAUAUGCAGGCUUUAUUUAAUAAAUAUAGUUUAAUUUUAUAUUAGAUGGUUUUUUAUGUUAAAAUAUGUUGAUUAGUUAUAAAUUAUUUAAUAUUUUUUUCAAUUUGGAAUUAUUUAAAAUUGUUCUACUUUUUUCAGUUUAUUUUAAAUUGUUCUCUUUUUUUUUAUUUCAAUUUGGGAUCAUUUAAAUUGUUGAUCUGACAUCGAGAAAAAAGAAAAAUAAGAAGAAAAAAAAAUGGGUGCUACUUUUAUUCUCAAAAGAUGAUCAAAAUAUCUAUCUAUAUAUAUAAUAUUUUUUAACUUGGAUUUUCUGUAUUUUAUCAAUUUUAUUCUAAAUGUGCUUGAACAAGAGUGCCAAAGUUUGUGUGUUUUAUUUACACACAAUAUUUGCAGUUUUGUUGAGUUAAUUUAAAGAUUACUUAACCGAAAAAAUUGAUCAUUAAUCAUUUUAUUUGUUAAUAUUAUAAUUUUUAUUAUCAAUGUUUUAUUUCAUUAAAAAUAGUCCAAUUGUAUUUUUUCUCUAUUAUUUAUCAUUUACUCUUGUGCAAUGAAUUAUUAAAUGUAUAACAUCGUACUUUUGUUUAUGCUUAACCAAUUAAAUGAGUAGUAGGUGUCCUCUUUUACUUAUGUGUGGUAUUUUUUCAUAAUAUAAUUCCAGUAUUUCAGUUUAGUUCCUAUUUUUUUAAAUGCUUUUUUUUUUUUUUUUCCAUUUGGGUAUUGCAUAUGAAAAUAUAAUACAGGAAUGGUAUAUCUGAUUUUUCUCUAAAAUUAAAUUUCUAAUAUUUUUUAUUUGUAUAUUAUAUAACUGAUAUAUGUGGAAAAAAGAUAAAGCUCAUAGUAUCCAAACAAUGCAGUAGGUCCAUAGAUAUACUUUUAUACAUCACUCUCUGACAAAAUUUCAAAGCUUUUAUUUAUCAGCAUGAUUUUACAGUUCACUUAUAUUAAAAGUUUUCACUCAUGAUAUAUAUAUAUAUAUUUGUUUUUAUAAUUUGCAUGUUUUUACUAUCAUUAAAUAUCAUCUAAUUCCAUGUGCCUGUUCAUGUAAGAAAUUAUAAUGUGCCUGUUGGAAAGUUAAAAACCAUAUGUUUUUAAAAAUUGUCCAGUCUCUAUAUUACAUUUUGUUAUUGUAAGGUACUUUUUUUUAUGUAAUCAUUAAAUUUGUUUAUUUAAAGAAUUCUGAAUAAUAAGAAUAGAUUUUUAGGUAGCUCAGGCAUUUGCAUUCUGCUUCCCAGAGAUUUUGCUUUUUAAAAUUGUUUUCUUUUAUUUCAUUAAUGUGAAUCUUUCAAUUCCCUCUCCUUACCUCAAAAGAGGUAUCAAAUCAAUGCAUAGUAUCAUACUUUUAUUUGUGUUUAACAAGUGAAAUGAGUAAUAGGUAUGCUCUUUUUACUUAUGUAUGGUAUUAUUUCAUGAUAAGGCACAUAAGUAAAAAAAGAACACCUACUUUUCCCAUUUUCCUUAUAUCCUCUCCUCCCCCUCUAAAAUAGCCCUAAAUAAUAAAAUUGUCAAAGUAUGAAACAUUAAAUUUGAUUGAAGAGUCACAGAUUAUUGGAUUUCCAUAUUUUUUCAAUAAAAAACAGUACUUUUGCCAGUUGACAAAAAAAAAAAAAUCAUAAUCUCUGCGUAGGAAUUUUGAUUGCAAAUCUCUGCAAAGGGUUGCUAUUUUUCGUGUAAUUAUAGUUGAUAGUUAUUUGAACAUUCAAGAUUAUUAUUAUGAACAACAAAACAAAUAAAACUGUACAGCUAAAUUUUGAUAUAUUUAUUAUAUAUUUGCAGACAUUGCUUAUCAUGCAAAUGUAAUUAUAUAUAUUACAUAAAAUUAUUCAUAUUAUAUUAAUUA